GACAGUGAAGUGCUGGAGGGUGUGUGUGUGUGUGUGACAGUCAGUCAGUCAGUUGGCUGCUGCUGCCUCACCAUGGCUGUUCUCUCUGCAGAAGUCCUAUGCUGGCAUGCUCGCAUUGAGGAGCUGGAGGAGGAGCUGGAAGCAGAGCGGGCCAUCAGAGCCAAGGUGGAGAAGCAGAGAGCAGAUCUAAGCAGAGAGCUGGAGGAUCUCACUGACCGGCUGGAGGAAGCAGGAGGUGUCACCGCCUCACAGAUGGAGGUGAACAAGAAGCGAGAAGCUGAGCUGCAGCGCCUGAGGCGAGACUUGGAGGAGACCUCUGUCCAGUCAGAAGCGCUGGCUGCGUCUCUGAGGAAACGGCACAGUGAUGCCAUGGCAGAGCUGAGCGAGCAGUGUGAGGCUCUGCAGCGGAGCCGGGCCAAACUGGAGAAGGACAAGCAGAACCUGAGGAUGGAGGUGGACGAGCUGGCUGCUUCUCUGGACAGUCUGCAGAAAGCCAAGACAUCCUCAGAAAGCCAGAUGAAGAAGCUGGAGGAGCAGCUGUCAGAAGCCAACAGGAGAGCCGAGGACCUACAGAGGGCCCAGGCCGAGCUCAGUGUGGCCAGGAACAGACUCUCAGCUGAUAAUGCAGACGUGAAUCGACAGAAGGAAGAGGCAGAGAGCAGAGCCAGCCAGCUGAGCCGCUCCAAGACUCUACUCACAUCGCAGCUGGAAGAAGUGAAGAAACAACUGGACGAGGAGGCCAAGUGUAAGCAGGCGGUCAACAGCAGUCUGAGCUCGGUGCAGCAGGAGUGCGAGGCGCUAAGGGAGCAGCUGGAGGAGGAGCAGGAGAGCAAGCAGGAGCUGCAGCGGCUCGUCUCCAAACUCAACAGCGAGGUGACACACUGGAGGAGCAAACACGAGGCGGACACCAUCCAGCACGCUGAUGAGCUGGAGGACACCAGGAAGAAGCUGGCCAUCAGGCUUCAGGAGGCCGAGGAGGCUGUGGAAGCCACCCAGGCCAAAUGUUCCUCGCUGGAGAAAAGCAAACAAAGGCUGCAGGGAGAGGUGGAGGAACUCUGCAUGGACCUGGACAAGGCCAGCAGCUGUGCUCAGGCUCUGGAUAAGAAGCAGCGCAUCCUGGAGAAGUACCUCGUAGACUGGAAGCACAAGUGUGAGGAGCUGGUGGCGGAGGUGGAAGGCUGCCAGAAGGAGGGCAGGCAACACGCCAGCGAGCUCUCCAAAGUCAGGACGGCCCAUGAAGAGUCUGUGGAGCAGCUGGAGGCCCUGCGCAGGGACAACAAGGCCUAUCAGGAGGAGGUAGCGGACCUCACAGAGCAGCUCUCAGACGGAGGCAAAAGUGUCCAUGAGCUUCAGAAGGCAAAGAAGAAGAUUGAGAUGGAGAAAGAAGAGCUACAGGGCUCACUGGAAGAGUCUGAGGCAGCUUUGGAGGCUGAGGAGACCAAGGUGCUGAGGCUGCAGCUGGACGUGUCUCAGGCUAGAGGGGAGCUGGAGCGCAAACUUCAGGAGAAGGAGGAAGAGAUGGAAGCUGCUAGAAAAAGCCACCAGAGGGCGCUGGAGACCCUGCAGGCCAGUCUGGAUGUGGAGGUCAAAGGAAAAAUAGAGGGGCUGAAGCUGAAGAAGAAACUGGAGGCGGCCAUUAGCGAGCUGGAGCUGCAGGUGGACCUGCUCACCAAGAACAAUGACGAGCUAAGCAAGAGCAGCAAGAAGAUGCAGCAGCAGAUUAAGGAGCUGCAGGCCCAGCUGGAGGAGGAGGUCCGGAGCCACGAGGAAUGCAGGGAGGUCCAGGGGGCCGUGGAACGACGCUGCAUGCUGUUAGUCAGCGAGGUCGAGGAGACCCUUGCAUCCCUGGAGAGCGCCGAGCGGGCCCGACGGGUCUGUGAGACGAAGCUGCAGGAGGCCAGCGAGAAGCACAGCCACCUCAACAACCAGUUCCAGUUGGCUGUGAGUGGGAGAAGGAAGCUGGAGGGGGAUCUCCAGACUCUGCAGCAGGAGCACGAGGAGCUGCAGGCAGAGCUGAGAGCAUCCACAGACAAGUCCAAGAAGGCCACCUGCGAGUUGGAGCGAGUGGGGGAGGAGCUGCGUCUGGAGCAGGAGCACACACUCCACCUAGAGAGAGUGAAGAAAGGCCUGGAGGCUCAAGUCAGAGACAUGAGCAGCAGGCUGGACCAGGCCGAGCAGAUGGCUCUGAAAGGAGGCAAGAAGAUCAUCCAGAAGUUAGAGGGAAAGGUGAAGGAGAUGGAGCUGGAGUUGGACUCGGAGCAGAAGCGGCACACUGAGACGGUGAAGGCUCUGCGGAAGAACGAGCGUCGGCUGAAGGAGCUGCUGUUUGAGUCCGAGGAGGAGCAGAAGAACCAGCAGAGGAUGCAGGAGCUGGUGGAGAGGCUGCAGAACAAGAUGAGGGCCUACAAGAGACAAGUGGAGGAGGCUGAGGAACAAGCUACCAUGAACCUGGCGAAGUACAGGAAGACGGUCCAUGAACUGGAUGACGCUGAGGAGCGAGCGGACAUUGCUGAGUCAGCACUCACCAAGAUCAGGACCAAGAGGAGAGGCAGCUUGGGACAGGGCUACUCCUCUGGUUACAGUACCCCGUACCCCGGCCUGAUCCGCUCCCCCAGCUCAGUGGGGUCAGAGGGCAGAGGGGAGAAGAUCCUCAAUGAUGACGAGUCUGUCAGCUCCCUCAUCCCAGCGUAUCUCAACUCGCUCAAGAAGCUCAUGGUGGAUUAGAAACCCAGCGGGGCGUCAUCACGGGCCGAAUGUCAGAGCUCCAAAUGUCUCCAGCCGCUACGGCACUCACGCUCUGACUGGACAAGUGCUACAGUAUGACGUCUCAACACAUACAGGUCGUUAACAAAUCAUUCAAUGUGUGUCACCUGUGUGUGUAUACUCUACAUUCCCAUUGAACUUUUCUAUAAUGUACUCGUUCCUUCCUCUCUUUGUAAGGACUGCAGUCUGUAAGAUCACAGCUUUGAUGACACACUUCCAACACACGUUUGUAUACACUUCAUAAUGUUAUGUUUGUAUGUUAAAAACUGAUUAAAUAUGGAAACUGUACUGUAAUUUUGUUCUAAAAUCCCAAAAGGUAGCACUUUAUUACAAGCAGUAAUCCAUAUAAUCUAGUGUAUGUGUAAGUAUAAACUAUUCACCAUUUAUAAAUGGUGUACUAUGGUAAACUGUCCACUUAAUGUUGUCUCUUCUCACAAAAAUGAAACCGUAUAGUCACUACUGCCUCGGCUUCCCUAGAUGAUGGAAAAUCUAAAACUGCAGUGAAUGCAGGCUUACCUUAUUUGUAAACUAGUUAAAAGUUUCCCAACUGCUAGGAACUGGGGGGAGGGCACAAAGCAGAGACUGUAAUAACGGCAGUGGACUGCCGUUCUGAAGCCUCGAUCUUGGCCAUUUGGCCGUCGCCAUCUUAGUAUUUUGAAACCAGAUCUGACCAUAUUUGGACAAGUGGGUGGAGCUGGAGAUGCUGGCUAAGCGCUAAGCUAAACGCUAAGCUAAAUAUAAAGAGCAAAUCCAGUGGAGUUUUUCCAGCGGGUAAACACAGACCUCUGGGCACUGGCGCCAUUCAUCUGCAUUUAGCAUUUAGCUUUGGUUGGCUAAUGAACGCUAAACAAAACAUUUUUAGCCAACCAAAAUGUUCAAGUGAACUUUGCUGAAGUGAGAACACACAGUGAGAGGAUAAAAGUUUAAGACGAAAAACAUGCAUAUCAGCUAAAAACAAGUUGAGGUUUAUUUUAAUGUCCCCAGUGUUAGCAUGAUUAGCGUUGCUAAGCCGCUGUCCUGAUUGACAGGUCCUAAAGCAUCCACUGCUUUAUUGUGUAUUUUAAAAUAAAUGGGAGCAUCAUUAACAAAACAUCACACUGUGUUGAAGAAGACUUAGAACUAGCGAUUGAGAUCAUAAACUAAUUAUGAAAAUGUUUACGGAGUGUCUAUUUGCACCCCUGGUACGAAUAGCCUAGGCCACACAGCUGAGCUAUUCACACCCUGUGUGCCACGCAAGUGUAUGUAUCAUCUCUCUGAAGUGUGCAAAAUAUUGGACACUGCAACGAUUUUAUUUAGGCCACAGAGCAAUAUUCUAAAAAGGUGUAAUACAUGAGUAGUAUGGAUAACUGUGUGUUAGCCAGGGUACAAAUAUCAUCCACUUCUAAUUUAUACACUGGUACGAAUAGCAUACAUUGAUAAUCAUACCCUGUAACAACAAACACGUUGCGCAUGCCCAGAAAAUUGGCAGACAGACGCUUUUAUCCAAAGUGACAUACAUAUAAAAACACCAAUUUAUGUAAAAUUAUAAUUACUUAAGUAAUGAAUAGAUGUGAGUACAAAUAAAGAUGUUAAUUUGAAAUUUAUAUAAAACCCUCUGUUGCUGCGGCAACAGUUAAAGAUACAGUCUGUGAGACUGUGACAAACGGCAAUCAUAAAAAUAAGAUGAUCUUAUGAUAUUUCUGUCUGGAUGAAACUGUCCUUGGAACUAGCCUGCCUUUGAGCAAGCUACCACAUGACCAUGUGUUUUGUACGAUACAGUUUAACAGCUGUAUCGCCAUGUAUUAGGCUAUUAUGUACUAUUAGG